CUACUUCACGGAUCCGCUUCAAAGAGGCAGCUGCAGUGGAGAAUCAUGUUAAGCUCGGCUACUGCGGAGAGCCCAAGGUAGCCCAAUGAUGGAUUUUGAUGAGCGUGGUCCCUGCUCCUCUAACAUGUAUUUGCCAAGUUGUACUUACUACGUCUCGGGUCCAGAUUUCUCCAGCCUCCCUUCUUUUCUGCCCCAGACCCCGUCUUCGCGCCCAAUGACAUACUCCUACUCCUCCAACCUGCCCCAGGUCCAACCCGUGCGCGAAGUGACCUUCAGAGAGUACGCCAUUGAGCCCGCCACUAAAUGGCACCCCCGCGGCAAUCUGGCCCACUGCUACUCCGCAGAGGAGCUCGUGCACAGAGACUGCCUGCAGGCGCCCAGUGCGGCCGGCGUGCCUGGCGACGUGCUGGCCAAGAGCUCGGCCAACGUCUACCACCACCCCACCCCCGCCGUCUCGUCCAAUUUCUAUAGCACGGUGGGCAGGAACGGCGUCCUGCCACAGGCUUUCGACCAGUUUUUUGAGACGGCCUACGGCACCCCGGAAAACCUCGCCGCUUCUGACUACCCUGGGGACAAGAGCGCCGAAAAGGGGCCCCCAGCGGCAACGGCGACCUCCGCGGCGGCGGCGGCGGCGGCCACCGGCGCGCCGGCAACUUCAAGUUCGGACAGCGGCGGCGGCUGCCGGGAGGCGGCGGCGGCGGCGGAGGAGAAGGAACGGCGGCGGCGCCCCGAGAGCAGCAGCAGCCCCGAGUCGUCUUCCGGCCACACUGAGGACAAGGCCGGCGGCUCCAGUGGCCAACGAACCCGCAAAAAGCGAUGCCCCUAUACCAAGUACCAGAUAAGAGAGCUGGAGCGAGAGUUCUUCUUCAGCGUCUACAUCAACAAAGAGAAGCGCCUGCAACUGUCCCGAAUGCUCAACCUCACCGACCGUCAAGUCAAAAUCUGGUUUCAAAACAGAAGAAUGAAGGAAAAAAAAAUUAACAGAGACCGUUUACAGUACUACUCAGCUAACCCACUCCUCUAAGGCUCCAGCCUUCUGGAAAUGGGUGGGGGGGCUUCAUACAUAUGAGAUCAUAUGCAGAUUUUGCCCUUGACAAGGUCAAGCCACACAGUGACUUUUGAAAAAAAAGGAGGUGUACAAGAGAGGGGAAGAAGCUGCACCAAGAUAGCUCAACAGGAGGGGGCCUGGGAUUCUCUUGGUUAAGAUCUCAAUGGUUAAGUUUCCUAAUAAUAAUUGGAUUCUGGGAGUUGUGCAUUCACUAGAAUGAAUGGUUUGGGACCCCUGGUGGUUCAUUCUUGGAGCCUGUAGAGCCUGAGGCUGGGUGUGGUCUCCCCUGGGGGACUAGGCCUCCUGACAGGGCCCCUGGAGACCAACGCCUCCCAGGACCCUCCACACAGAGCCUGCCCUACCCUAGGACUCCUAAGUCAAGAAGCUGUGUGCCCUCCAAGCCCAGUUCAGCUUGAGGACACAGGGCAAGGAAAGGGGAGGAUUCCUAGAUGCCCAGAAUGAGGCUGCUUUCCAAAACCAAUGUGAAAGUCAGUUGAACUAAGAAGUAGCUAUGAGGUGGAAGAAGGCUGAAAAUCCUUGAGGGAAAAGAAAUCUACUGUCCAGGUGGUGCUGGUGUCUUUCUAUCCCUCCUAGCUACUCACCAUGCUGUUCCAAGCCUAAGCUCCUAGCAGUCACCUCCUGCAGCCCACCUGGAUUUUCUUCCUGCCAAACAGGGUUCUUCUUCCCAGCCUGCUGCUCAGGCCCAAAGCCUGGUUGCAGAGUGGACUAUUCCCUGAGGUGGAAGACAUGAAAAAGCAGAGAGGCUGCACCCAGGCCGCUGGCCCCUGAAUCUCCACAGGAAAUGCCUGUGGAGUGCAGCAGUUUGGCAAAGUCUCCACCACAUUUAAUGAAGCUUGGACUUGCUCAGUGUGGGGCAGCAGAGCAGCUGGCCUGGCCAUCAGGUCCUAGGAUAUGGCUAUGAGGGGCUGGAGUCCCCCAUAGUCCCCGUUUUUCUUGCCACUGUCUGCUCUCAUUGGCUCAGAACUGAGCUUGGAAGCUUCCGGCGGCCUUCCAAGAGCUGGAGAAUGAUUUGGAAUUAUUUUAAAUGAUAAAUAUUAUAUUAUAUUAUAUAUAUAUAUAUUUCCCUGAAGGAACCAAAGCGAAUUUUAAAAGAUGCAAUGUAGAAGGGGUAAAAUGAAAAUAUUUAAAGGCUCUAACUGUUUACAGUGUUCCACGGUUAAACAUGCUCACUGCUAAGAAUAUUUGAAUGUACGCUUCAUACAGGGAUGGUGUUCAAAAGACUUGUAAAUAAAGAAACCAUAA